AUGGUUAAAAGUUUCAUUUUAGUAGUUACUACUAAAAUAGCUGGGAUUAUACAUUUACCUCAUUGGGACAAGCUAGAUUCUUUAUUUCCCCCAUCUGGGAUUGUCACCGAUAAUGCAUCAGUUGGCAAAGCAUCCGAUUCUAUUUCACUAACUGUUAAUCAAUCGCCUUCAUUAAAAAGAAAUGUUGUUCCAAAAUUAAAAAUGAUUGAUGAAACAUGCGAUGAUGAUUCUUCCUUGAAAAAUACGAGUACAACAACAACAGUAACAACGGGAACAACAACAACCACUAUAUCGACAACCAGCACUACUUCAGUGACAACAUCUACGUCAACAAGUACUACAUCAUCGACUAGUGCAUCAACUACAUCAACGACCAGUAUUACUACAACGACUACGACAGUGACUACGCCUAUUCCACCAUGCUCACCAGUUUCCGUUGGUAAUGCCAGUACUAUCUUUACAGCAACCUCUAUAAGUACAUCCUCAUAUCAAUGUGAAACUUUUCAAUGGACAUCACCUACUACAGGGAUGGUCAGUCUUACUUUUCAAUUUCGUCAUGAUCCGAGCACAUGGUAUCUUGAUGAUGUUUCGAUAUAUCAUGGAGCUGUACAAAUGUUGACCAACGGUGGUUUUGAAUCAGGCACUAUGUCUCCAUGGGUACGAACAACUCCGAAUGGAGCUUGUAGUGGAUGGCCAAGCCAAGUUAGUACUACUGUUCAUAGUGUGUCACCUCAUACUGGCACGUAUUACUAUAUUGAUGGAAGUUAUGGAUGUGCUGAUCAAAUUAGUCAGUCAUUUAUGGCUACAGCUGGUGAAAUCUACAUUGUUAGCUUUUGGUUACAAUCUGGUUCUAGUGGUUCGGGUGUUAGUGUUUCUGUCACUCUCUAA